AUGGCCGCAAUCGCAACUUGCCUCGAAGACAGCGAGACGCAGAACACUGAGGUGUGCCCCGCAGCCCACAUUGGCGACUCCGUUGCGUCGGCCGCGACGCAGGAGGCGCAGAGUCCCCAGCAGGGCGAACUCGGCGAUUGUGACGCAGAUAGCGACGACGAUGGACCGCCGGAGCUGGAGCCAAUUGACUACUGGCCUAGCGAUCCUACACCGAAGACCAGCAGUGCGUAUCCUCAAAAGUAA